AUGUUUUCCUCGAAGUCUUCGAAAUCUUCCAAGUCUCCCCUCGCCGGUUUCGAGCAUGCCCAGCCAUUGCCAAAUGAAGUUAGCUCGGAUGGCAGGUCCUUGUACAACCCUCCCGCGCCCCUGUCGAAGGUCUACGAGGCCUUCCCCGAGCCGUUCACGAAGAGGAACAAUGGGUUCGACUUCCACAUUUACUUCAUGCAGACCGUCCCCGCCGAGGUGAAGUACGCACGAGAGCUACAUGAGCGCAUUCGUCGAGAGUUCCCAGAGAUGAGGAUCUAUCAGGUCUUUGACAGGCCAGUCGGCCCUCAUCCUGUAGGAAUGUUCGAAGUCAACACAUUCACACCGCAUCAAACUGGUGUGCUCUUCACGUUCCUCACCGUUAUGCGUGGUCCACUUUCCGUCUUCAUUCACCCGAACACGAAUGACGCGUACAAGGAUCACACUGAGCUGAACUCGUGGAUGGGCAAGCCAUGGCCAUUGUACGCCGACAUGCUCAAGCAUUGA